AUGAGUGCAAACCCUAGCAGCAGUGGCGGUGGUGGGGCGGGAAGCGGUGGAAGCAGCAGUGGUAGCAGUGGUGGUGGUGGUGGUGGACCGUGUGGGGCAUGCAAGUUCUUGAGGAGGAAGUGUGUAGCUGGGUGCAUAUUUGCACCUUAUUUUGAUUCAGAACAAGGUGCAGCAAAUUUUGCAGCUGUGCACAAAGUGUUCGGAGCAAGUAACGUCUCAAAGCUUCUUCUACAUAUUCCGGUGAAUAAACGGGUCGAAGCAGUCGUUAGCAUAUGCUAUGAGGCACAGGCACGGCUUAGAGACCCCGUCAAUGGCUGUGUUGCUCACAUCCUUGCCCUCCAGCAACAGGUGGUGAGUCUACAAGCAGAGCUCUCAUACUUACGAGCUCAUCUUGCAACAUUAGAGCUUCCAACUCCGCCACUACAUCCACCACCUCAGCCGCUAUUACCAUCACCUCCUGUAUCGGUACUGGACCUCCCAACAGCUUCUUUUGCUCCUCCAUUGUACGACUUAUCGGCACUUUUUGAUCCAAUGGUGCAACACUCAUGGACACUGCACCAACAGCAAAUGGAUCCACACCACUUUGGCCGCGGCAGUACCAGUACUUCAGGCGAGAUAUCACUGUUGGCCGCUGACCAUGGCGGCGGCCGUCGUGAUCUCCGUGAAUUGGCACAUGAACUUUUACAUGGUCAAGGGUCUCCACCAGUGUGA